AUGGUGAGAGGUGGAGAUUUGGCCCCAGAAGAAAAACCCAAACAUCGAACGCAAAAAUUCCGUUCAGAAUGGAUAACUGAUUGUGCACUUAGAGAUUGGAUUGAACAAGAUGCCAACGAGCUUAAAGCAAGGUGUACAUUUUGCAACGUCUCUAUGGUUGCCGAAUUAACUGUAAUCAAAAACCAUGGGAAAGGAAAAAAACACACGAGCAUUUUAAGUAGCGCGUCAAAACAAAAAUCGAUGAUGUGUUUUACAUCGAAAACCCCGUCAGUUCAAAAUAAAAUCAAUAAGUCUGUGCAACAAGCGGAAAUUAAAUUGGCUGGUUACAUUGCAGAACAUAAUAUUUCAUUCCUAGCUUCGGAUCAUUUGACGGAUUUGUUGAAAGACAUAUUCCCCGUUUCAGAUAUUGCUAAAUCAAUGUCGAUGAAGCGAACAAAGACUACAGCAAUCAUAAAAAAUGUAAUAGGCACCACACAGAAGAAUGAACUUGCUAGUAUACUAAAGGGUGUUCAUUUCAGUUUGUUGACUGAUGAAUCAACAGACAUCGGAACAGUCAAAACAUCGUGUGUAGUUGUGCGGUAUGUGUAA